AAAAUAAACACCAGAAAACCCUAAAAAAAUCUAGAUAAUGUCGGACAUAGAAACUAGAUUGGAGGGUAUGCUCUUCGACUUCCAAACUACAUACAAAACCGAUUACCGUAGGGGUCAGAUUCGAGCCCCAGUCUUGACAAAAUAUGAGGAGAAGCCUAAAUGCCUACAAAUAAGGCCUCCGCCUUUGAAAGAUAUCCACACACUGACUGCUUGGAGAGGUGCUCCGGUCCCUUUUAGCUUAUGGCAUAAACCAAAUGCUAUUCUUCAUAAGGACCCCAAUAAAGUUCAGAAGCCUUAUGUGAAACAAGAAGACACAGAGCUAGCCCAAGUAAUAAAGACUCGUCCCCGCGUGGUGAUGACUCCAGCAGUCAGUGUGGAUGACAUCGAGGAUCCCAAGACGAGGGAGAUCCUCUGCGACGCCAUGUACACCAGCACUGUCGCCAGAAUGAAUAGGGAUGCCGUUUCUGAUUACGUUAAUAUGAAAGCGCCGCUAAGUCCAUUGCCUGUACCAGCUAAUCCGGUGACACUGCCACGCCUUCGACCCCCGUACGUGUCUCCGGAGUGGAGGAUGGAGACGGUAUCCUGGGACAGACAACAGCUGAGGAGUUACUGUGAUCCUACUAAGCAGUUCUGGCUCCGGCAGAAAUCAUUUCCAUGCCGCGCUUGUGAGGAGACAGCAAUAGUAGAAGCACACCGCAAACUUCAGAAUCAGUUGGACUGGGCAAAGCGCAAAUGAGAGUUGAAUACCUAAGGAAAUACAAUUAUUUACAAACUAUAUAACACAUUUAUCUACUCGUAAUUUAGAUUUCUUGAAAAUAGAAACGACAACUAUACUUACAGGGUUUGUUUUUAAAACCAAUACUAAGAUGGCGCUGGUGUCGUACCUGAGUCUCUUGAUUUGACUCCAGUGUGAAUAAUAGGUAAUAAUUGCUGCAUAACUGUAAGACCAGCACUUAUUGCCUGAUUCCAUCCCGUUUUUCAUAAUUUGCCCUAUUUUGCUUUAGCUAGGUAAUCUAUACCUAGAUGAAUAAAGUCGCUAUUAUUUUUUUAUCUCAAGUAGUAUU